GGGUUACCCCCCCCCGCGCCUCCGGCUUCCCAGGCUCGGCGAGCUGCCCCAGUCCACCGCCAAGGCGGGGCGGAAUCGGGCCAAACCUGAGCAGGACGGGUGAGGGUUGCAGUACUGAGCAGGUACGGGCCGGGGACGGGCUGUGAGGCCCAGAUGCGGGAGCCAGACACAGACCCGCGCCAGAGGGGCAGAUGCGGGUCUGACAAGGCACGAGGCUGCAGAGACUGGGACACCCGCAGUGGCAGGUUCCAAGGGCGUGUCGCACCUACAGGCCCGGAGCAAUGGCGGCACCAGUGACCCCUGGAACCCCGGCCUUACUCGCCCCAGUUGCGCCUAGUGACUUCUCAGGGGGAGGGCCCUGGGGACCUCCUGCCGCCUCGCCAGAGCCCAGGCAGCUCCCAGAGCUGAUACGCAUGAAGCGAGACGGACUCCGCCUGAGCAAAGGGGACAUCAGGGCCUUCGUGCGCGCUGUGGUGGACGGGAGCGCGCAGGGCCCGCAGAUCGGGGCCAUGCUGAUGGCCAUCCGGCUGCGGGGCAUGGAUCUGGAGGAGACCUCAGCGCUGACCUGGGCCCUGGCCAAGUCUGGGCAACAGCUGGAAUGGCCAGAAGCCUGGCACCAUCAGCUUGUGGACAAACAUUCCACAGGGGGCGUGGGUGACAAGGUCAGCCUGGUCCUGGCACCAGCCCUGGCUGCGUGUGGCUGCAAGGUGCCAAUGAUCAGCGGCCGUGGCCUGGGGCACACAGGGGGCACUUUGGACAAGCUGGAGUCCAUCCCUGGGUUCAGUGUCACCCAGAGCCCAGAGCAGAUGCAAGUGCUGCUGGAGCAGGUGGGCUGCUGCAUUGUGGGUCAGAGUAAGGAGCUGGCUCCUGCAGAUGGAAUACUGUAUGCAGCGAGAGAUGUGACGGCCACCGUGGACAGCCUGCCCCUCGUCACAGCCUCCAUCCUUAGUAAGAAGGCAGUGGAGGGACUGUCUGCUCUGUUGGUGGAUGUUAAGUUUGGAGAGGCUGCAGUCUUCCCUGGCCAGGAACAGGCCAAGGAGCUGGCAAAGACACUGGUUCACGUGGGGGCGGGCCUGGGGCUCCGCGUCGCUGUGGCCCUGACCGCCAUGGACAAACCUCUGGGGUACAGUGUGGGCCACAGCCUGGAGGUGGAGGAGGCGCUGCUGUGUAUGGACGGUGCCGGGCCGCCGGACCUGCGGGACCUGGUCACUAGGCUCGGCCUGGCUCGAGCUCUGUGCUCUGACGGCGCUGCCCGGGUGGCUGCGGCGCUGGACGACCGCUCCGCCCGUGGCUGCUUCGAGCGGAUGCUUGUGGGGCAGGGCGUGGACCCAGGCCUGGCUCGAGCUCUGUGCUCUGGGCCCCCGGCGCAGCUCCGGCAGCUGUUGCCCCGCGCCCAAGAACAGGAGGAACUGCGCGCACCCGCGGAUG